UGGAGCACCAGUCAAGAAGAAGAACGCCCACACACGGACGAGCAACAAAUAUGGAGUAUAUGGAAUUGUUAUGCUAACUUGCGUGCUCUACAGCCAUCAAGUAUGCUUGAUUAUUCGAUUCAACAUAGUUUGAUUAUCUCAAACCUAAUGUCACAAAAAAAAAAACAUAUCAUUAUUUGAUUGUGUCAUAGUCAACCCGAACUUGUAAACAACCAGCGGUUUCUUAGCUACGACAAAACACUGUCUAGUAGCAAGCUAGCUAACGUUAGUGAGUUGAUAGAUAGAUAUAACGGGUUGUCUCGUUAGCAAACUGGUGUUCUUGCUAUCUUAUAUAAUCCUUGUAAAUGACUAAGAAUUGAUGCACACAUUCCUUGUACUUUGUGUAAUCUUGAAUAUUUCAGACAGCCAACGCUAUACAGCGUAUUUUGCUUUUAAUUACGCUAGUAAACUACGCAGGUUCGUGUUACUGUCGCUAACAUUUUCCACGCGCAUCAUCUUUUAGUCUGUUGUCUUUCUGUGGUAUAAAGCCACCAUGGAUAAGGCAGAGUUUUUAAAAGGACUACCUGUCUACAACAAAAGCAAUUUCAGCAGAUUUCAUGCAGACUCUGUCUGCAAAGCGUCAAACCGGAGGCCCUCUGUGUAUCUCCCAACUCGGGAGUAUCCAUCAGAACAGAUCAUUGUCACAGAGAAGACAAAUAUCCUAUUGAGAUAUCUUCACCAACAGUGGGACAAAAAGAAUGCGGCCAAAAAGCGGGAGCAGGAGCAAGCGGAGGGGGAGAACACUGCACCCCCGCGGAAAAUUGCCAGAACCGACAGUCGGGAAUUAAAUGAGGACUCAUAGAGUGCUGUACACACACACAACUACAGAUAAAGAAGCACACAGGCAAAGUUGCAUUUGACAGACAAGACAUACCACUUCCUACAUCGUACAACAUGAUCUUGGAAUGUUGACAGUCUUUUGUAUUUUAUUUACUUUAACAUUUUUUUUCUUUCCCCUUAACAGUCCUUUUUUAAGUCUUCGAUUGGCACAUAGCUGAAAAGCUCUGUCUUCAUAACAAUAACAUUACCUCCUCCACCCUAGAACUCAUAUUUAAUUUCCCCUUAGCGGUCCUUUUUUAAGUCUUCGAUUGGCACAUAGCUGAAAAGCUCUGUCUUCAUAACAAUAACAUUACCUCCUCCACCCUAGGACUCAUAUUUAGUUGUUGCUUGCCCAUGUUUUCACGUGAGGAGCAUUUUCAGUUUGCUCUCAUUAGUUUACAUUGUACUAUAUGUGUAUUUUGACCUGCAUGAUUUACAGUCAUGUCCAUUUAAUCAAGUAGGUUCUAUGCCAUUUUAUGUACAUCAUUCUGGGCUUGGAGUAAAUAGAAUAUUGUCUCCACAGUAAAUAGAAUAUUGUCUCCACAGUAAAUAGAAUAUUGUCUCCACAGUAAAUAGAAUAUUGUCUCCACAGCCUCUUAUUUUAGUUUGAGAUAAAUACGAUGACGGCGGUAUACCAUAACACUGAAGGAUGCUUGUGAGAUCCCCAACAAUUAUUACAGUUACUGAAAAGGGAAGACUGUGUAUAGACUUAAGAUUGAAUUCGUCUCAGGUUGUUAUGGGGAAUGCUGCCUCAGAAGGCUGCAUUCCUGAAAGUUUUGACGUCUCCUAGUUUGAGUGAUUGAAUUGCCUUAAUGGAAACGUUUCUUGAUCAAUUAAGGACCCUCCUUCUGUUUACAUUGUGACAACAGUGGAGGAAAUGCACACACACUGUUGAGUUAACGAGGGGAUUAAUGGUAUGAAUAUGGAGGAUGCUCCCACAGGUUCAUAUUGGGGCAAACCCUUUUACAGUACAAAAACAGACCAAUUUUGCAGAACCACACGAUGCUCGAUGUUUGUCAAUGUGCAUAAACGCUGUUUUCUCGUAGACGUGCCACAAUCUACCACUAGCAGCUAGAUUGUCGUCACAUCUAGAAAAGUUAUCUUGAUGCAGAUACGUUUCUGGAUAGUAUAGGGAAGUGGACUUACCUGACUGUUAACAUGGCAUGGCUCCACAAGUAAAAGCAUAGCAACUUAGCUCAGUCGAUCUGUGUGAACCUAUAGGAUACGCCUUGCUAAAAGGACUUAAGUCAAUAUGUGGGGUAAAUGUGCCAUUCAGGUGUAUAGAAUCUUGUCUCAAAAGUAACCAGCUGAUGUUAAACUGUUAAUGUGGGGCAUAGUUUGACAAAUGUAAAUACUAAAAUGGGGCGUAUUGUUCCUGAUAUGCUCUCUAUAUCCCUCUGUUGCUAUUUACAAUGAUCUGGUAGUGUAGUUGUGAAUCCUGUCAAACUAUGGGCUGUGUAUACAUGGUUUGUUUCCUUAGACCAUUAUCAGGUAAUAGUUUAAGGACUCGCAGUGUCCAGAACCUUUCGAUCAUUAGAUAAUCAUAUCUUACCUGAAACAGUCACACUUCAUUCUUGUUUGAAAGCAUGUACAGUAUAAACUCUGCAGGCCAUAUGAUUUAGGUGGCGUCGGCUCAUCUUGUUUGAGGUGAUCUUGAGGCUGGCUGACGAUCAGCUACCAUUAUGUUCCUUGGUGAUGCUAGCUGUCUACAUGUGUUCAUGUUGAGAAUUCUUUCCACAGGUAGACAAGUGUUGUUUUUUUGUUGUUUUUUGAUAAAGUAAGUUAACCUUAAUAGACAUUGUGUGCUCUGAUUUAAACUGUGAAUGUGGGGCCUGGCACAUUCACAGUUAAAAAUCACAGCACACAAUGUCUAUUAAGGUCAUCGCGCUGUUUACUAUUGAGAAUUGAACGGAGGAGUGCUUCAUCUUACGGUAUAAAAACACAUUCUCAACAUUAACACGGAGACAGCUCGUACCACCAAGGAACAGAAUGGUAGCUGAUCGUCAGCUAGACUGAAUUCAUAUGGAAAUGACCCUCUGAAAAGAUGUUAUCAAUAAAGUUACCUGGGUAUUGUGUUGA